AUGGUUGAAUACAAUAAGAUGAAUAAAGUUCCAGAACGUGUUGUGUCUGCUGUCAACUUUACAGCACCAAACAAGCCUUCGUCUGGGUACGAAAGUGGCAGACGACUGCCCGGGGAUCCUACUAAGGACCAUGGAGAAGGAUGGGCUAGUGACAUUGUGCUACCUAUAAUGACGGUGUUAUCCCAUGAUCAUCUCCACCUAACUGCAAUUCUUACAAGUGACAAUCAUACACGUGUCGUUGAACCAAAGGAUCUAAAAGAAGAUGAUUUAGUUGUUCCAAGGUACAAUGCUGUCCAUAUAAAGCCACUUGACCAAAUACGCGAUGCACUUCUCGGUAAUUUGACUAUGGUUGCCAAGAUACCAAAUGCAGAUUCCGUAGAUCGCACAAACUAUCUUCAAACUGCAGCUCAACUAAUGAAGCAUUUAUCAGAUCCUGAUAUCGCAAUAUUCGCGAAGGCCCAGCUCGAUAUCCAGCCAAAUACAUCAUUUGACUUUGCCUUGCAAUAUGUAACAAUGGAUGUGAUAGCAAUGAUGGGUACCAAUCAUUCACUCGAUCUGAUUGUGAAACAUGUGCUGAGAAAUUCGAAAGCAGAUGCAAAACUCGUAGCAGGGGGGAUGCUGCAUUUUGUAAAGCUAGAAUUCCCUCCACCAGGGAUGGCGGUCGACGUUAUAGAGGCAUAUGCUUUCGCCAAUAGAUCACGCUUCGAAGAUGAGGACGAUGCAUACAAAGUGAAAAAUCGAGCAAUCCUAACACUUGGUUCGAUGGCGAAAACAUUUACGAAACACAAUGUGAAUAUGGGAAAACGAAUUAUUGACAAGUUGCACUCACAUCUCGGAUACCACGAUGAAGCUUCACAUCGAGUAAUUCGAUCAGCCAUGUCAGAGAGAGAACUUGAUUCACACUUGCACCACAAAGCGGGUCUUAUACAUGCCAUUGGCAAUGCUGCUGAUGAAUCUUCCUUUCCUUAUGUUUUAUCGUACAUCUCCCACAGUGAUACGCCAUCUUUGUUAAAGCGCAGUGCAGUUCAGGCUUUGCGACACUAUCAAAUGGAUGAGGCAGCACACCACAUCUUGUCAGUAGCUCUGACUGACCCAGAGCCACAUGUACGUCAUCAGGCAUCUAUACAAUAUUGGAUGCACUCACAUGCUGUUGAUGUGCAGGAGAUACGAAAUAUAGUUCAUCUCGGCUAUCGAAACACGAGUCUUCAUAAGAAGGUACGGGAAAUGUCAGUCCGACAUCGGCAAAAACGAGGAAUUAACCCUCUUGAGUAUAAGUUAAUUGAUAUAAACAUAGAACUACCCGGAAUCGAUUGGGAAAAGCGAAUUGGAAUUGAUGAAAUCGGAGCCAAGUUUGGUUUAUUGAUAAAAAACGUAUUGUCUUUGCAAGUAGAACCGUUGCGUGGACAUUUUCUCGUUGAUAUACAUGAUAUGGUGUAUGCACGUGGUGUAAUCAAAUUCGUCGGUUUCGACCUCGAUUUUGUUUUGGCUGAAGUGUGUUUCAAUGGAGAAGUAAAAUACGGGCUGAAUAUUUUCCAGGAAUUUGGCUUUGAUGAUGCGUUGAAACUUGUCCAGUUGUACGAUGUGAUUGCAAAUAAAGUCAUAGGUAAUAUUAAAAAUGUUAUCACGAGGUUUAGCGAUAUGAUCAAACGAUAUCAGCAAAUAAGCAUAGCAGAUGUUUUUGAUGUUAUGAUUGAUGCUAUCAAGGAUGUUCCAAAGAAUUUAAAUCUGAAUAGAUUUAUUGACCAUGCUAUGAUACAAUUUGGAAAGUAUAAUGGACUCCCGGAUGCCGUGGUUAAAAUCAAAGAAGUAAUACAAAAGACGAAUUCACUUGUCAUGGAUAUCAAAAAGGCAAUCUUAGAAUUUUACAAUUCCAUAUCAGAUGCUGUCGAAAUUGCCUUACCAUGGGCUGCACAACAAGUAGAAGAGGCGCUGUCAAAUGCUGCUAAGAGCCUGGAAGAUCUUCUGAGAUCCCCAAAGACAGCAAUUGCAACCGUUGCAAAAUCUGUUAUGCAGAUUGAAAUGGCAAUCGGGACAAUAUACGAUGCAAAACGAAGAGUGGAAAACGCAUGCUUCUUUCUGAAAGAUGAAAAGCCAUACUGGUGGGAUUUGAAAACAGUUGUCCUGGGAAUAAUAGAAGACAUCAAAGAGUCAAUCGAGUCAUUUAAAAAAUUUCAGGAGUGGAGCAAUAAAGCAGAAAAUUCUGAUUAUGAAAUGAAAACAUUCUUUAACAUUGAUCCUAUACGAAUGCGUAGUCUGAUAUUUAUCGAACUACUAUCAAGUCUUGAAGACAUAACAACAGGACUUGGCCCAUUGGGAGAGGUUUUGCAACCCUUCAUUCAAACAUUUCAGGAUAUAAUUGUGUGUGUACAUGAUAUAACAGAGGCAUUACGAGGACUCAAAGAAGGGUAUGAAAUAGCAAAAUCUCUAAUAGACAAUGUAUUUGGACCGAAGAUUUCAAAACGAUUUCCACGUAAAUAUUUGCAAUCAAAGAAAUGCGGUAACGGCUUUUUCCCAUCAACACAGCGAAGAAGAUACAAAUACAGCGGGGCACAACUCCAAGUUAAAGUUGGAUCAGCGAUAGUUGUGCCAUUCUCCGGGAAAUUAUACGUCACUUCCAGAAACGAGGUGAUCAUCCAUGUUCAAGAGAUGAAAGACACAGAACUUAUACUUGUCAACGUUGCUGUUCCUCCAAAAAAGAAUAACACAACGGUUUACAAAGAUGAACAGCUUGGAAUAGUAAAGAAAUCGUCUCGCUGUCGAGAUGGUCACAUCCACUUUGCUUUGAAGAAGAUAGGAAGCAAGGACAUAAUUAAUCCGAGUAAAUACUUUGAAAAGAGAAAGAUGGAGAGACCAAAAUGGGUACAGACAUGUGAUGACUACAAUUUGAUAUGGCUCGGAGAGGUGAUAGCGGAAGGAUCCAUCACAAAUGGUUCAAAGGAUAUUGAUACUUCUCCAAAACAAAAGGCUAAAGUUGAUACCAAAGAUGCUGGGUCGUUAAUUCACCGAGGCAGACGGAAAAGAAGCUUCCCAAAAUUUGGAAAUAUUCUGAAUAUGAGUGCGAACAAAACGUUCGGUCCCUUGCUGGCACGAAUGGGCGUACCAAAUAUUACGGAGUUUGGACCAGAUAUCUUCACAUUCAGUGUGAGAGAUUUACAGAUGACACACAUUAUGAAGUUUCUUGAAAGUUCAAAUAAUAAAGCGAUGGGAGAAAAAAUAUACAAAUUAAUCGAAAGCAGGAGGAGUGGCAUUUUUGAUAUACACGGAUGUGCUAGGCCGGUAGAGCUUGACAACAGUGAGCUACAAUACUUGCUGAUAUUGCAAGGCAAACCAUCUGAAGGUUCGAGAGAGAUGUUACUUGACCGUAUUUAUCAAGUGGAAAAUGGCUGUCCAGAUCUCCUCCUGCGAAAUUCUACUCACACCUAUUGCACCGUUUCUCCAGAUUGCAUUAGUUUGUUCUGUUGUGUAGAUAUGCCAGUAUUCUAUGGUCACGUUGUAUCUAGAGUUGCUCUAAGUGUAAACCCAUGUGGAAAAGUUUUAACGGUAGAGAUCAACGACUGGAGAUAUGAAUAUUCCAUCAGUGGCUAUGAUACAGGUGGUACUCAUGUGAAAGAAAUGAUAACUGGGAAUCACGAUAGCAUUGCUGUAACACAGUUAAAAGUGGACAUGGAUAUUUCCAAAAUUAGCAAUACUAUAAAGAUUAGUUUAUCCCUCACCGUGUGCUCAUUAGAGAAUCAUGAAGAAUGUACAGGCUCUCUUGAAGUUCUCGAUCCGGUUGAAAUCAAAGUGCCAGCCCCUCAAAGAUGCGGAUACUAUCGGGAUCGGGAUCCAUCAACACCAGUUGAUCCGUUUGAUGGAAUGACUGUGGGUGAGCUUGAAAAAAUCGUAGCAACAAUAGAUGGCGGUAGCACCUCCGACUUAAUGAAAGAUAUCCGAGAAAUAUAUACGAACCUGCUUAGCGAGGCGAUUAAUAACCUAAUCAAUGGGAAAUCAACAGAAGAUUUUGAAUCCUUUGAUGUAUGCCUCGAUGGGGAACAUAUGUUUGGCCCGAAAAACAAACAAUUCUUGGAUAAAUCCUUUCAGACAACCGUAGGGCCUGUUCCAGUUACAUUUGGAUUUACGGCAGGAGGUUCUGUAGGAGUUCGUUUCACUUGCGGAUUUUGCCUUCUAUCGAUGAAAGUAACGGGAGGAGUAACACCAAUGUUGGGAGCGACAGUUACAGGCUCUGUUGGCGUUGGUGUCAAAGUACUUCGAGCUGAGGUGAAGAUUAAGGGAAAUUUAAUGACAACGUCAUUCCCAACUAGAGCAGGGAUUGGAUUCAGCAAAUUCCCUUUGGACGCAAGUAUGCGAAUGGAUUUGGAACUUAUCCCACUGCGUCUUGAAUUAACAACUGGUCUGUAUGGUUGGUUACCUGGACCUGGCGAUAUUGAAAUCUUCUUCAUCAAUUUAUGGGAGUACACAACUCCUGUAAUUAAGAAGAAUAUUUUCCAAAUCAAUGAUCCAGAAAUGGAUGAUUCGCCUCCAGACUUCAGUGUAUAUGCGCAACCGGCACCUAAAGAAUUUAAAAGAUCUUCAGAGAGAGUUGAAUGCUCUGUUAAACAACUCGCAAAUAGAGACCAUACCGAACCUGCGUUUCUACUAGGUGUUGGAGUAGCAGAUGGAGAAAGUCAGGUUGACAUGACAUAUUGCGUCGGAACAUAUAGAGGUGGCUGCGACGAGGUUGCCGUCGAACCCAUGGGAGGCUCCUCAACAAUUGUAUCUAUGCCUUUGACAUCUGGCGUACCAUUGUACUUUCUAAUAAUUGCUUCGAACAACCAGGGUGCAAGUGCCAGUAUAGAGUGUAAACUGUCAACAUAUGAUAUGACUCUACCCAAAGGUAGAAUGAUUCCUGAUUUCCACUCAAGUAGUCAUCCACACAUACUCAGGGCAUCGGGAAUGGCUGUUGAUGAUUCUCCGCUCAAACAACACGCUCUUGCCAUUGGAUAUGGCAAUGGUAUAUUUGGUGAUCAAGUGGUUCCUUGGCAUAUCGUUGCAGCUGAUAAGGCAUCAUCAAUUGAACACAAAGAUGAUGAAUUUGAUAAUGACAUACUAAACCAAUUUACAUCUGAAAGGCUGGGUAAGCUGAUUGCAAAGGCCAAGCACCCAGUAAAGCCUCACAUUGUUUCAUCUUGGAGCACUCCACGCGGUUGUGCCAAGGAAUGUAUGCAGUAUUCAUCAGGAAAGUGUACAAGCUUUAACUAUGACUUUGGACCAAGUGGGAUUUGUGAGUUACUUGAAUUUGUGGAAGGCAACCAAGCAGAACUUCACGAGUCAGGUCAUUUCCAUCACUUUGAACGACUUGGUGCAGGUCAUUCUGGAAAGUAUAGAUACGAACAUCUCAGCUUGUCCCACAACACGAUUUACUAUUUUAACUACCAAGUUAUCAACACACUUGGGUAUGAAAGCAUUCUUACAUCCAAGUCAGUGAUCAUUGACUUUACUCCACCUUCUCCUGGACCAAUUGAAGAACCCCUUUCAGUGGACUUCAGACAUGACCAAUGUCAGGAUAUUACAACUGAUGUAUUUGCAACACGAUGCAUUGAACCGACCCCUCUUGACAACCACAGGGUAAUAGUUGACGGUGUAUCAGAACCCGAAGGUCCAUAUUCAUUUUGUGUAUUCAAUGGAGACAAGGAUAUGUUUGACUUGAGAUGGACAAGAGAUAACAAAUAUUGCUCUGCUAAUUGGGAUGGCUUCCAUGACAAUGAGACUGGCAUAUUUGGCUACUUAGUCUCUGUUGGAACUGACCUAUGCCUAGACAACCACCACACACACAAAGAUCCGCAUAGCCAUAUCAUAUACGAGACUGAAUGGACACAUGAAGCAAUGCUGUUCCCCCUUCACAUGCCAGAUGGAUACUACCAUAUAAAUGUAAGAGCAUUGAACAAAAUAGAAUUUGGAGGCCCGAUGGCUCUGACGGUUUGUCAUAGUUUGCCUUAUAUAGUGGAUACUACACCCCCAUUUGUCAACCAUGUUCUGAUGUUAUCAUAUGAUGAACAUACACAUAUUAUAAAAAUGACAUAUAAUGUAAGCGAUACCCUAUCUGACAUACGGGAAGUGGAUUUCUGCCUCGGAAGAAGCAGGCGUGAUUGUUACGUAUCUGACUGGGACAGAUAUCCAAAUACAAGCCACCUGGAAAAAGUACAGCAUAUCCCCGAUGGAAUCCCAAGCUGGCCAAAAAUAAGAGCAAUAAACAAUGUUGACUUAAGAGAGGUCGGACCAGCUGAUAUACCCAUCGUUAUAGACACAACGCCUCCGAUAGCAGGCGAUCUAUUUGAUGGAUGGGUGCACAAUAUAGAUAUAGAUUAUCAAAAUAGGAACGAUAUUUUAUGUGCUAAUUGGCAAAACUUUCAUGAUCCAGACAGCGGAUUGGUUGGCUAUAAGAUAGGAUUUGGAAUGGCAGAAGGCAUGGAUGAUGUGAUUCCAUUGACUGAUUUGGGUCAUAAUGAAUAUGAUACAUGUAUCACUUCUUUCGCAAACAUCACUGAAUUGACACAUAACUCCACUUAUUACACUGUUCUGUAUGCUUUCAAUGGAGGUCACAAACUGCUGAAUGUAUCUGUUAUAUCGGAUGGAGUUUCAAUUGACAUGACAAAACCGAUAAAAGGCUGGAUAAAAGAUGGAUUAGACAAAGACAUUGAUAGCAACUUCACGUCGAAAACAGCCAGCGUACAAGUCAAUUGGAAUGGUUAUGGGGAUCCAGAGUCCGGUAUUGUUGAUUACUCAUUAGCUGUGUACAGAGAAAGACUGUCUCAUAAGACAAGUGAUGAAAGUAUAAUACACCUACCAGAAUCCGUUGGCAACCGCGUCAACAAUAUUAAUUGGCAUCACUUCCAUCAUCACCAUGGUGACUAUAUAUACGUGGAAAUGAAUACAACAAACGGUGCAAGUUCCAUCAUAACAACGGUUUCUACAGGAGUAACUGUUGAUCUGACAGCACCAGAAGUCCAAUACCUCAAUGAUGGAAUAGCUCUCCGAAAAGACGCCCAGUUUUCUAGUAGCCUUGUGGAGUUGUCGGCAAACUGGCUCUUUCUAGACCCAGAGUCUGGAAUAAAUCACCAUCAAUUCACAAUAUACGAGCUCCAUGGAGGGAACAAGAGACAAUUGUUCCCUAUUGGUGAUGAACCAUUAACGUUAGGGGCGCACGUGAAUGUUUAUAGCGCCACUGACCUGAAACUUGAACCUGGGGCAAUAUAUGAUAUUCGUGUAUCUGCAGUGAAUAAUGCUGGUCUAACAACAGUACAUAACACAGAUGGUGUGAAUGUCGACCCCACUCCACCAACGAUGCAGUACGUACGAAUAGGUGUUUCUGAUGGUGAAAUGGAAGAUGUUAUAGAUGGCGUGGUUGUAUCUGCCGACAAUGCUGGUAUCCAAGCAACAUGGCUGGCUAUAGAUCCCGAAAGUGGUAUCAAAGACUAUUAUGUUGCAGUGGGGACAUCUCCAGGUUAG